GAUCGAGAGCCUGAAGAGAACUGACGGAGGCUGAGGCAGACUCUGGCUUGGUGCCCGGAAGGGAUUGCAGGUAUUUGAGGAAACAAGUGGGCCCAUCAUCAUGGCUACUGUCCUGAGGCCAGCACAGCGUGUGGCGGUGUCUGUUGCGAGGGGUGUGAGGCAGCUGCAUCUCUCUAAGCCCAACAACGAGACCUUCACCGUGACUGAUGCUGUCCUGCCCAAGCCACACUCCACCAAGCUUGCAGGCUAUAUGGGCAUCACUAUGGCAACAUCACUGGGUAUAUUCACUGGAGCAGAGAUGAGCAAGAAUAUUGCAAGCUUCUUGGAGGAAAAUGAACUGUUUGUCCCAUCAGAUGAUGAUGAUGAUGACUGAAUGCAAUAUUGUGUGCCAAAGGUAUGUGAAGAAAUUUCUAGUCAACAUCUUGCUAAAGGUAAAUAUCUAAAUAUAAACUAAAGGCAAAUCUGUAUCAAAAGUUGCAGGGCUAUUUGUAUGUUUUCUUAUUUGAUGUGAAGAUUGUGCCAAGUGAUACAUGAUGAUGUUAUUGUUAAUUGGUUGAUAUGAGUUGUACAUUAAUUUUGAUUCCAGCAUAAUAUUCUUGUGAUUAAUUUCAUAAUCAUAUUUAAUGUGAGAUCCCUGAAUGUUGAUUUGCAAUUCACUUAUUUUCUCAUAAUUAUAGAUGUUAUUGGUGGCUGGUUUAGUUAAAAAUGCUUCAAAGGGAAUGACUAAUUUUUAAGAAGUUAAUUUCAAUAUUCAAAAGUCCAUAAAGUUUUAUCUUUUUAAUUUUAAUUUAAAACAAUUUACGGGAUUGAAUAUUUACCUCAUCAGUGAGAAUUCUCAAAUAUUAUAUUAUAUCAUUAAGAAAGCUACUUGUUACUUAUGAUAGUUGAUUUAUAGUUGAUAGUAUGAUAUAAACUUAUAAUCCUGUUCAAUAAAAAGCACAAAAUAUA